AAUAUGGUAGAAUGGGUGUUGGUAUACCGAAUUCAUCAUGGAGGUUUUCAAGCUUUUGCGAAACAUAUCCACAUACUUUAGUUGUACCAACAAAAAUUAGCGAUAAUGUUUUGAAUCAUGCUUCAAAAUUUAGAAGUAAAAAUCGUAUACCAGUUUUAAGUUAUUUGCAUUGGCAAAAUAAGGCAUCCAUAACUCGCUCUAGCCAACCAAUGGUUGGGCUCAAAAAAAAUCGUUCAAUACAAGAUGAAAAACUUAUCGAGGCUAUUUUUCGGUCUAAUGCUCCUAAUUUACCAUCAGUGUUUGGUUCAACACAGACAAAUCUAAUCGUUGAUGCUCGACCUACGGCUAACGCUAUAGCCAACGCUGCAGUAGGUGCAGGAUCAGAAAAUAUGGAAAACUAUAAAAAUUGUGAAAGAAAAUUUAUGGGCAUUGAUAAUAUUCAUGUAAUGAGAGAAAUAAUACAAACUGCAGACGUUCAAGGUUUACUCAUUAAAAAGCAAAACUUGGAUAAAUCCAAUUGGCUUAAGUACAUAUCUACUAUAUUAGAAUCUUCUCUCGUUAUCAUCAAAAAUGUACAUAUCGCUAGUUCCCAUGUACUUAUUCAUUGUUCUGACGGUUGGGAUCGUACCGCACAAUUGACAUCAAUUUCUAUACUUUGCUUGGAUCCAUAUUAUCGUACUUUCAGAGGAUUUCAAGUAUUGGUAGAAAAAGAAUGGAUAUCUUUUGGUCAUAAAUUCACUGAUCGUUCUGGUCACCUUUCUGAUGAAAAAUAUUUCAUUAAUAGUGUUAAUACAAAUGCAGCAAACACAGCUUUCAAUACAGUACAAAGCAAGUUUUAUAACCAAUCAUAUAUUCGAGAAAUUUCACCAAUUUUUCAACAAUUUUUGGACUGUGUAUUUCAACUCUUAACGCAAUUUCCUACAAGAUUUGAAUUUAAUGAAAAAUUUUUGAUCGAAUUGCAUUAUCAUUGUUAUUCAUGUCAAUUCGGAACAUUUUUAUGCAAUUCGGAAAAAGAAAGAAUGGAUUAUAAAGUCACUACUCUAACAUAUUCUGUUUGGGAUUAUUUCAAUUCCAAUAAAAACGAGUUUCUUAACCCUUUAUAUGAUGGUGGAGCUGAAGAUAAGGAAGAUAUGGGUAAUAAUGGUGUUUUACUUCCUGAUGAAAAGAAUACAGAAGGAUUUGCAGCCCGAAUGAGAUGGAAAUCAGAUAGUCCUAUUUCACGGACAAAUUCACCCGGAAUUA